CCAAAGAGGAAGGAGAAGCUAAACAUAACAAACAUGGAGUCUGAUAACAUCAACAGAAUCAUGUGGGAGUUUUCCCGAGUUAACGAGGUCACCACGGGCUGGAUAGUGGACUUUCUGUUCGUCAGUCUGUGUCGGCGGUUCAAGGAGGGCAAGCUGGAGGAGUUCAACGCGAUAGUUCAGAUUCUGGAGGCCAUUGCCGAUAGUCCAGUGAAGGAGCCCCAUGAGGACAAAACGAUGGUCUGUGCCUUCCUAUCGAGAGUCAUGCACGGACAGCAGUUAGAUAUCGUGUUUGACCUGGACGAAGACAUGAUGCCUCUGAUGUGUGCCGCCAAAAUCUGGCCAAAGUUGGAGUGCACGGUGGCAGACAAAAGUUUGUUCAAAGAAAUCCUCAACCUCUUGUUUGUCCAGUCUGUGUGUGUGUGUUUGGAGAAAGGCAAGACAUCUCCCGCCUCCUUCGCCCUCAAGUGGUUUAAGAAACAAUUUGAUUUUCCCCAGUACUUGAAGGCCAGGGUGUCAUCCAUGGUGCAACAGAAGGAAACUCAGAAGCUCCACUGCUGCAGCUUCAGUCGCCUGCGAGAGGCGGUCCAGACUUACCUAGACGCCUACCUGAAGAAAAAUCCCUCCGACUACCUUCUCAAGGAAGCCACGAAGAUGCUGCAGGCGUCGUCGAAAGGCGGGGAAUCGCAGGAUGUUGUGGCGCAGGAUGUUGUGGCGCAGGAUGUUGUGGCGGAGGACGUUGUGGCGAAGGACGUUGUGGCGAAGGACGUUGUGGCGCAGGACGUUGUGGCGCAGGACGUUGUGGCGCAGGAGGUUGUGGCGAAGGACGUUGUGACGCAGGAUGUUGUGGCGAAGGACGUUGUGACGCAGGACGUUGUGGCGAAGGAUGUUGUGACGCAGGACGUUGUGGCGCAGGGCAAAGAGACGCAGGGCAAAGAGAUGCAGGGCAAAGAGACGCAGGGCAACGUGUCGAAGGAAAAACACAACCAAACAACAACGAACAAAAAACUAAAACGGAAACUCUUCUCCACUAACUUUAUGGAGGACUGGAAAAUCGAUUCGGGCAAGAAGUGUUUUGUCUCCAUGAAAAAAAUCUCAGAGAACAAGCUAUCUCAGGUCACCCAUGAGAAGUCGAUGGAAACAUCCCAGAUCCUAAAGACAAGAAAAACCCCUCAGAAAUGGAACAGUAAACUGGACCACUACCUGAGGAAAGGAGUCCAGCGGCACGGCACGGGGAGGUGGGCUAAAAUGCUGCUGGAUUACGACUUUGAAGGACGCACCGGCACCAUGCUCAAAGACCGCUGGAGGACUCUCAUGAAGUCUCAUAAAGUAGGCUAAAGAGAGGAAGCAGCUCGGGAGUUAUUGUUAAUUCAGAAGUUCCUGUUAUUGCUGCUGUUCUGUUUGCACUCAUACCACCAGGGGGCGCUGUACAUGAGAUAAUAUCCUUCCUAAUGCCGUCUGUGAUGGUGUACUUGUGAUUUAGGCUGUUCUGUUAUUAUAACAGCUAUCUUCAUCAUGGUUGAAUCUACCGGUUAUUUGGUUUGUAAAAUGUAUUUAGUGACAAAUGUUCCUCAAAGUUCAAGAUAAUGUCUGAAAGUUAGUCUAAAAGAAAACAUUUUGAGAUGUUGCAAACAGAAUUUUCUGCUGGACAUUAUAUUUUUGAAAUGAUAAGCUAGACUUUGCUAUUCUCUGUUGAGUGUUUUACUUUGCUGCUGUUUGUUUAAGACACGUCCCGGCCACCAGAGGACAGCACAGAGCCACCUUACGUGCCCUCUAUGAUUGGCAUCAAGUUAUUUUUUACUUUUCUAAAAAGACAAAGACGACUCUUGUAAAAUAUUGUUAUCAUUUUAAGUUAAACUUUUUUGUUAGAAAUAUUGUUCAAAACAAGGAAUACAACAGUGGCUUGUUCCAAUAAAAACAACUUUGAUAUA